AUGCCCUCCACCGGCGUCGUCGACGCGUUCAAGAAUCUCAUUCGCCAUGGAAAGAAUCACCAUUCUGCCGCGAGGCCGCAGGAUGACGCCGCGCACCAGGCUCCCCACUCUUCUGCACAGAGCCAACAGUCCCGCGCCGCCGAACAGCAGAGUCGCCAACAACGCGAAUCUCGCGACAUGCAGCAACAGCAGGCCGCCAAGGGCUCGCCCAAGUACAAGGAGCACAUAGAGCAAAUCGUGCAGGAGGAGCGCGAGGCCAAGGGCAAGCUACCCGUCUACAAGGGUCUCGAGCACUACAAGCUGUUGGAGAAGAUGGGCGAUGGUGCCUUUUCCAACGUAUAUAAAGCCAUCGAUCUCCGAUCCGGCCAGAAAAUCGCAGUCAAGGUCGUGCGCAAGUAUGAGCUUAGUGCGUCGCAGGCCGGCGAGAAGCACCUCAACCGCGAGUUUAAGAAGAAACCGCGGGUUACUGAGAGGGCAAAUAUACUCAAAGAGGUCCAGAUCAUGCGCGGCAUCAACCAUCCAUCAAUAGUGAAGCUUCAGGCGUUCUUCGAGUCACCAGAGCACUAUUUCCUCGUACUAGAACUUAUGGAAGGCGGCGAGCUCUUCCAUCAAAUUGUCAAGCUCACGUAUUUCAGCGAGAACCUCGCGCGACAUGUCAUCUUGCAGGUUGCUCAGGGCAUUCGCCACCUUCACGAGGAGCGCGGUGUCGUCCAUCGAGAUAUCAAGCCAGAGAACUUGCUCUUCGAGCGGAUACCUUUCGUCCCGUCGAAGAAUCCCGCCCCGAAGCAGUUCGAGGAGGACAAAGAAGACGAAGGCGAAUUUAUCCCAGGCGUCGGUGGCGGUGGCAUCGGCAAAGUGAAGAUUGCUGACUUCGGUCUCAGUAAAGUGGUUUGGGACGAGCAGACGAUGACCCCUUGUGGCACUGUUGGCUACACGGCACCGGAGAUCGUCAAGGAUGAGCGUUACAGCAAAUCCAUCGACAUGUGGGCGCUGGGAUGCGUUCUGUACACCCUGUUGUGCGGAUUCCCUCCAUUCUACGACGAGAGCAUCAACGUUCUCACAGAGAAGGUCGCACGGGGAUACUACACUUUCCUGAGCCCAUGGUGGGAUAACAUCAGUCCGACGGCCAAGGAUCUCAUAACGCAUCUGCUCUGCGUCGACCCUGCUCAGCGAUUCACCAUCGACGAGUUCCUUGCUCACCCAUGGAUAACGGCACAACCGGAAGUCCCGCAGGCCACGCCCCUCCAUAGCGCACACCGCGCGCUCGACUCCCCCCUUCUCGCCGAGGCACGAGGAGGCGCCCGUGAGGCGCGGUCACCCGGAAUCGCCACGCUUAAGGAGGCGUUUGACAUCACUUAUGCCGUCCAUCGCAUGGAGGAGGAGGGUGCGAGGAGACGCGCACAGAAGGGUGGUGCAAACCGUGGCUUCCUCCAGAACCUCAACGAGAGCGACGAGGAAGAAGAGAAGAUCGUGUCAAAGGUCCCUCCACCAGGUGCCGGCGCGCAGGUUGCGGCGAAACGAGCAGUGCAGCCAAGUGCGUACGACGGCCGCGCAGGUCAGCGCGAUAGGGGAAAGAAAGCCGGUGGCCCUAGGACGUUCGAGCUCGACAUGGAUGGCGCGACGCUGCUCGGCAGGAGACACAAACGUGCUUUCAAUGGCGGUGUCUCCAACCCGCUACUAGCCGGGAGCCCACUGAAGAUGACACCCCAGGACCGUCCUAUUGAAGUGCCCCUUUCGCCCAUGAGAGUGGACUAG